AGCGUGGUCAAAAACAGGCAAUAGGUCAGGCGAUGGGGGAUAAACAAGGCUAAACAAAACCGAAGAACGAGGGCGAGAACAAGAUCAAAACUAUAACACAUAAGACAAGGCACAAACGCUUGGUUUACUGAAAACUCACGUAAUACUUCGCGAAGUAUAAAGAGACACGAGGGGUUUAAAUGACAAACGUAAUCAAGGGUGAAACAAAACAGCUGAGACUAAUGACACAUAGGGGAAACAACCAAUGACAAUACAGGGGCGGAGACAGGUCAGAAAUCACAAAACACACGUGUCAGAAGUAAACAAAGUCAGUGUCAAGGAAAUCCGAAAGCGCUUGCUCGCUCCAGCGCUUAGCGCGAGGGGAAAUCGUGACAGGCUCACAUUCACUCACUACAAACAAACGCAUUCUACUUCAUCAUUGAACAUCAAACUGAGAGCUCAGUCCCCACUGAAGUGGUAGCCGCGGUGGAUGUGAACACGACGGCCAAUGAAAUCUAUAAGCACAACUUCCCAAAUACUCUGCUGCUACCCAAGACCAUUGAAGGAAUGGCAUUAAGCGAUUUCAAUAAACUGGACUUUGAUAUGAUUUUGAUGAGCCCUCCUUGUCAGCCUUUUACGAGGAUUGGAUUACAGGGUGAUGUAAAUGACCCCAGAACAAAAAGCUUUCUCUACAUCCUGGACAUUUUGCCAAGGUUGAACAAGAUGCCCCGCUUCAUUCUGCUGGAGAAUGUGAAAGGCUUUGAGACGUCCUCUGCCAGAAAUGCCUUGAUAAAGACUUUGCAGGACUGUAGUUACAACUUUCAGGAAUUAAUGAUAUCACCCACUUGUCUAGGAAUACCAAACUCAAGGCUGCGUUAUUUUCUUAUUGCUAAAGCUCCCCCAGAUUCCUUCUCAUUUCAGAAAACAGCAGAGAUUCUAGAGGGCUUUCCGAAGUCAGACUCCAGCUUUGACACAGACAGUCCCACGAUCCCUGACAGCCAUUGUAGUACAGUUAAUGGUGACAUGAGAGAAGAUGAGACUAUAAUCUAUAAGAUGGAGACGGCACAGGAGCUGGAGAGGAAGAGGAGUCAGGACAACGAACAGACAGUGAGAAGACUACAGGAUUUCCUGGAAAAGGAAGUACAAGGAACAGACAUGGACAGUUAUUUGCUCCCUCCAAAGAUUCUGCUCAGAUACGCCUUGCUCAUGGACAUAGUCAAUCCAAACUGCAGGAGAUCAGUCUGCUUCACUAAAGGAUAUGGGCAUUAUGUGGAGGGAACUGGUUCUGUUCUGCAGUCGUGUACAGGUGUGGAACUGGACAGCAUCUUUAAGUCACUGGAUGCGCUAUCUGAAGAGGAGAAGCUGGAGCAGCUGUCCCAGCUGAAGCUCAGAUACUUCACACCCAGAGAGAUCGCCAACCUUAUGGGCUUCCCACCACAUUUCAGCUUUCCAUCAAAUAUCUCCACAAAGCAGCAGUACCGAGUUCUGGGAAACAGUCUAAAUGUUCAUGUAGUGGCCAAGCUCAUCAGUCUCAUGGUGUCAUGACCAACAAAUCAGAUUUCCUUCAGUGUUUGAGGGCUGUUUCAAGGUUCAUAUGGACUCAAGUUUUAAUAUGUUCAACUGUUGUAUUACAUGGAUCAAAUUUGUAAGUUAUUAAAUAAAGUUAUAUAUGUUA